UCGGUGGAGUGCAUUAGACGAAGGCGAUCGGAUCGGGACUAGCAGGCGGGGGGAGCGCCUGCACUUUGCAUCCGCCUGAGUAUGGCGGCUCACAAGCCUCUGGAGUGGGUGCAGGCCGUCAUUAACCGAUUCGACGAGCAGCUCCCUAUCAAAACAGGACAUCAGAACACUCACACCAAAGUCAGCACAGAGCACAACAAAGAAUGCCUGAUUAACAUCUCCAAAUACAAGUUUUCCAUCGUCAUCAAUGGCCUGACCAACAUCCUCAAAAAUGUUAACAAUAUGCGGAUAUUCGGGGAAGCUGCCGAAAAGAACCUCUACCUCUCGCAGCUCAUCAUCCUGGACACCCUGGAGAAGUGCCUGGCAGGGCAAACCAAGGACUGCUUGCGGCUGGACGAGGCCAUGCUGGUAAAGCAGUUGCUCCCUGAGAUCUGUCACUUCCUGCACUCGUGUCGUGAGGGACAACAGCACGCCACCCAACUGCGCAGUUCUGCUUCAGCUGUGCUCUUCUCUCUCAGCUGCAACAACUUCAAUGCCGUCUUCAGCCGCAUCUCCACAAGGUUACAGGAGCUCACAGUAUGCACAGAGGACACUGUAGAUGUUCAUGACAUCGAUCUUAUUCAAUACAUCAACGUAGAUUGCGCUAAAUUAAAGAGAUUAUUACAAGAAACUGUGCUCAAAUUUAAAGCACUAAAGAAGCCUGCACAGCUCGCCGUCAUCAACAGUUUGGAAAAGGCGUUUUGGAACUGGGUGGAGUACUACCCGGAUGAGUUCACUAUGCUGUACCAGAGACCACAAGCUGACAUGGCUGACUCUGCAGAGAAGCUGUUUGACCUGGUGGACAGUUUUGCAGAAAGUGCAAAGAGGAAAGCUGCAGUGUGGCCGCUGCAAAUCAUCCUGCUCAUACUUUGUCCCGAGAUCACGCAGAGCAUCUCGAAAGAAGUCGUGGAUGAGAGCAAGGCUAACAAGAAGUUGUUUCUGGAUAGUUUAAGGAAGGCCCUGGCUGGUCAUGGUGGCAGCAAGCAGUUGACCGAGAGUGCAGCCAUUGCCUGUGUUAAACUUUGCAAAGCCUCCACGUACAUCAACUGGGAGGAUCAUUCUGUCAUCUUCCUCCUGGUAAAGUCGAUCGUAGUUGACCUCAAAGCUCUCCUGUUCAACCCCACCAAGCCGUUCUCCAGGGGCACCGGGUGCCAGAGCGCUGACGUGGACCUGAUGAUCGACUGCUUUGUGUCCUGCUUCCGCAUCAACCCACACAACAACCAGCACUUCAGGGUCUGUCUGGCUUGUACGUCACCACCAACUUUCCAUUUCGUCCUCGUCAACUCUCUGCACAAAAUCAUCAUUAAUUCUCACUUGGACUGGUGGCCAAAAAUUGACGCUAUCUACUGCUACUCCGGGGAGCUGCGUACCAUGUUUGCAGAAACACAGACCAGAGUCAUUCAGAGCCUUAGUGCUCAUGCACCAGUCAGGAUGACCCAGAGUUUAACGUUCAAGGAGAAGAUGACAACCAGUCUGAAGUUUAAAGAAAAGUCCACCGAUCUCGACUCGCGCUCUCUUCUGCUGGCUUUGGUCAAACUUAUACACGCUGACCCCAAGUUAUUGCUUGAUAACCCUGGGAAGCAGGGCCAGGAGAUCCAAAACAGUACAACGGAACUCAUAAUCGGACUGGUCCAGCUUGUACCCCUCACCCACACUUCAGAGCUCUCCCAGGAGGCAAUGGAGGCACUGUUGGUUAUGCAUCAACCUGAGACUAUUGAGCUGUGGAACCCUGAUGCACCUAUCGAGACAUUCUGGGAUAUUAGCUCUCAGGUCCUGUUCUUCAUCUGCAAGAAGCUAAUCGGCCACCAGAUGAUCAACAGCACAGAGAUCCUGAAAUGGCUGAGGGAGAUUCUCAUCUGCAGAAACAAAUUCCUACUGAAGAACAAAGAGUGUGCCACGCAGGGCAGUCUGAUCCCCAUCAGCAAACAUGCGCAGACCAAGCUGGAGGUGUGUCUGUACUCAUUUCUCUGGAGCCCGGAUGCCGAGGCCGUGUUGGUGGCCAUGUCCUGCUUCCGGCACCUGUGCGAGGAGGCGGAUAUUCGCUGCAGCGUGGACGAGCUGCCCGUACACACCGUUCUACCCAAUUACAACACUUUCGUGGAGUUCGCCUCUGUCAGCAACAUGAUGGCCACAGGUCGCUCUACAUUGCAGAAGAGAGUGAUGGCGCUGUUGAGAAGGAUAGAGCAUCCUACAGCUGGAAACACAGAGGCAUGGGAGGACACACAUGUUAAAUGGGAGCAAGCAACAAAACACAUUUUAAACCAUCCAAAGAACAAAGUUGAAGAUGGCCAGGAGUGGAUCAACAUGACGGGCUUCCUGUGCGCCCUAGGCGGCGUGUGUCUGCAGCAGCGCAGCACACCCAGCCUCGGCACCUACAGCCCCCCCAUGGGCCCUCUGAGCGAGCGUAAAAGCUCCAUGAUCUCAAUGGGGUCAUGCGAGGUGAACAGCGAGACACCCCUCAGCAGGUUCCUGGAGCGCCUGCUAUCCCUUAUGAUCUGCACUCACGAGAAGGUCGGACUGCACAUCCGAACCAACAUUAAAGACCUUCUGGGACUGGAGCUGAGCCCUGCUCUUUACCCCAUGCUCUUCACCAAGUUGCGCAACAGCAUCGGCCGCUUCUUCGACACCCAGGGGCCGGUUCCCAUUAAUGACACAAACACGUUGUUUGUGGAGCAGACCAUUGCUAUUAUGAAGAAUCUUCUGGACAGCCACACUGAGGGAAGCUCUGAGAACCUGGGUCAGGCCAGCAUUGAGACCAUGAUGCUCAACCUAGUCAGAUAUGUGCGCAUUUUAGGAAACGGGGUCCAUGCCAUACAGAUAAAGACCAAACUUUGUCAGCUGGUGGAGGUAAUGAUGGAGCGCAGGGACGAUCUCUCUUUCUGCCAAGAGAUGAAAUUCAGAAAUAAAAUGGUGGAGUAUUUGACUGACUGGGUGAUGGGCACCUCUAAUCAAGCAGCAGACGACGAUGUCAAAUAUCUCACGCGGGAUCUGGACCAGGCCAGUAUGGAAGCAGUGGUGUCUUUGUUGGCUGGUUUGCCUCUACAGCCGGAGGAAGGAGAUGGAGUAGAGUUAAUGGAAGCCAAAUCUCAGCUGUUUCUCAAGUAUUUCACUCUGUUCAUGAACCUGCUGAAUGACUGCAGUGAGGUGGAGGAGGAUGGGCAGCAGGUGGGUGAGAGAAAGCGUGGUAUGUCUCGGCGCCUCGCCUCGCUGCGGCACUGCACUGUGCUUGCCAUGUCCAACCUGCUCAAUGCCAACGUGGACAGCGGCCUCAUGCACUCUAUAGGACUGGGCUACCAUAAAGACCUGCAGACCAGAGCCACGUUUAUGGAGGUUCUGACUAAAAUCCUGCAGCAGGGCACUGAAUUUGACACACUGGCAGAAACCGUCCUGGCUGACCGUUUCGAGAGGCUGGUGGAGCUGGUCACCAUGAUGGGGGACCAGGGUGAGCUACCUAUCGCCAUGGCACUGGCCAACGUGGUACCCUGUUCGCAGUGGGACGAACUGGCCAGGGUCCUGGUGACCCUGUUUGACUCCAGACACUUGCUCUACCAGCUGCUGUGGAACAUGUUCUCUAAAGAGGUGGAGCUGGCAGACUCUAUGCAGACGCUAUUCAGAGGAAACAGUUUGGCCAGCAAGAUCAUGACCUUCUGCUUCAAGGUGUAUGGAGCUGCUUAUCUCCAAAAGCUUUUGGAACCUCUGAUGAAGGCAGUCAUCACCUCUCCUGAGUGGCAGCACAUGAGCUUCGAGGUUGACCCCACCAGACUAGAACCCAAUGAGAACCUGGAGGAGAAUCAAGGGAACCUCCUACAGAUCACAGACCGUUUCUUUUUGGCCAUCAUUAACUCUUCAAGCGAGUUUCCUCCUCAACUGCGCAGUGUUUGCCACUGUCUGUACCAGGCUACUUGCCACUCCCUACUGAAUAAAGCCACUGUUAAAGAAAAAAAGGAAAACAAAAAAUCCGUGGUCAGCCAGCGGUUCCCGCAAAACAGCAUCGGUGCAGUAGGCAGUGCCAUGUUCCUGCGCUUCAUCAACCCUGCCAUAGUGUCUCCGUACGAGGCAGGCAUUCUAGACAAGAAGCCACCUCCUCGGAUCGAGCGCGGCCUCAAGCUCAUGUCCAAGAUUCUUCAGAGCAUUGCCAAUCACGUCCUGUUUACUAAAGAGGAGCACAUGAGGCCGUUUAACGAUUUUGUAAAAAACAACUUUGAUGCAGCAAGACGAUUUUUCCUGGAUAUAGCGUCUGACUCUCCUCCUAGUGAUUCGGUGAACCACAGCCUGUCUUUUAUCAGUGAUGGCAAUGUGCUUGCACUGCAUCGCCUGCUCUGGAACAACCAGGAGAGGAUUGGUCAAUACCUGUCCAGCAAUAGGGACCACAAGGCUGUGGGUAGGCGACCCUUUGAUAAGAUGGCUACACUGCUGGCCUAUCUUGGACCCCCUGAGCAUAAACCUGUAGCAGACACUCACUGGUCCAGCCUUAACCUCACCAGUUCCAAGUUUGAGGAGUUCAUGACCAGGCACCAAGUCCACGAGAAGGAAGAAUUCAAAGCUCUGAAGACACUUAACAUAUUUUACCAGGCCGGAACGUCUAAGAAUGGAAAUCCUGUCUUUUACUACAUUGCCCGCAGGUUCAAAACCGGCCAGAUCAACGGCGACCUCCUGAUCUACCACGUGCUGCUCACUCUCAAACCCUACUAUGCUAAACACUACGAGAUAGUCGUUGACCUCACGCACGUCGGUCCCAGCAACCGUUUUAAGACGGACUUCCUUUCCAAGUGGUUCGUGGUGUUUCCGAAUUUCGCUUACGAGAACGUGGCGGCCGUCUUCAUCUAUAACUGCAACACGUGGGUACGAGAAUACACCAAGUACCAUGAGAGACUGCUGACUGGGCUGAAGGGGAGUAAGAAGCUGCUGUUUAUUGACUCGCCCGCACGCCUCGCAGAAUACGUGGAGCCGGACCAGCAGAAGCUUCCGGCUUCGACCUUGGCCCUGGAGGAGGACCUCAAAGUUUUUCAUAAUGCACUCAAACUAGCUCAUAAGGACACUAAAGUGUCCAUCAAGGUUGGCUCCACAGCUGUGCAGGUUACAUCAGCCGAACGUACCCGCGUCCUGGGCCAGUCCGUCUUCCUCAACGACAUCUACUACGCCUCCGAGAUCGAGGAGAUCUGCCUGGUCGAUGAGAAUCAGUUCACGCUCACUAUCGCCAACCAAGGCACCCCGCUAACGUUCAUGCACCAGGAAUGCGAUGCCAUAGUGCAGUCCAUCAUCCACAUCCGGACACGCUGGGAGCUCUCUCAGCCCGACUCCAUCCCUCAGCACACCAAGAUCAGACCCAAAGACGUGCCCGGGACUUUACUCAACAUCGCCCUUCUUAACCUGGGCAGUUCUGAUCCCAGUCUGAGGUCAGCUGCGUACAACCUCCUGUGUGCCUUAACCUGCACCUUCAACCUUAAAAUUGAAGGCCAACUCCUGGAAACAUCUGGUUUAUGCAUCCCGGCCAACAACACACUCUUCAUCGUGUCCAUCAGUAAGACUCUGGCAGCUAAUGAGCCCCACCUCACCCUGGAGUUUUUAGAAGAGUGCAUCUCUGGAUUUAGCAAGUCAAGUAUUGAGCUGAAGCAUCUAUGUCUGGAAUACAUGACUCCUUGGUUGCGCAACUUGGUGCGCUUCUGCAAGCACAACGACGACGCCAAACGGCAACGUGUAACCGCCAUUCUGGACAAGCUUAUCACCAUGACCAUUAAUGAGAAGCAGAUGUAUCCAUCCAUUCAGGCUAAGAUCUGGGGCAGCCUGGGCCAGAUCUCAGACCUGCUCGACGUGGUGUUAGAUAGCUUCAUAAAGACCAGUGCUACUGGAGGCCUGGGAUCAAUCAAAGCUGAAGUGAUGGCAGAUACAGCUGUGGCUCUGGCUUCCGGAAAUGUCAAAUUGGUGUCCAGCAAGGUGAUUGGUCGCAUGUGUAAGAUAAUUGACAAGACAUGCCUUUCCCCCACACCGACGCUGGAGCAGCACCUGAUGUGGGAUGACAUUGCCAUCCUGGCACGCUACAUGCUCAUGCUCUCCUUUAAUAACUCUUUGGAUGUGGCCGCCCACCUGCCUUACCUCUUUCACGUGGUCACCCUGCUGGUGGCCACGGGUCCCCUCUCCCUCAGAGCCUCCACCCACGGCCUGGUUAUCAACAUCAUCCACUCUUUGUGUACCUGCUCUCAGCUCAACUUUAGCGAGGAGACCAAACAGGUUCUACGCUUGAGUCUGACCGAGUUCUCUCUGCCCAAGUUCUACCUGCUGUUCGGCAUCAGUAAGGUCAAAUCAGCUGCUGUAAUAGCCUUCCGCUCCAGCUACAGAGAUCGCUCCUUUCCCCCGGGCUCUUAUGAGCGAGAGACCUUCGCCCUGUCCUCUUUAGAGACCGUCACUGAAGCCCUGCUUGAAAUUAUGGAGGCAUGUAUGAGGGACAUUCCUGGAUGCAAGUGGCUGGACCAGUGGACAGAAUUAGCUCAGAAAUUUGCUUUCCAGUAUAACCCGUCUCUGCAGCCACGGGCGCUGGUGGUGUUCGGCUGCAUCAGUAAACGGGUGACUCAUGGUCAGAUCAAACAGAUCAUCCGCAUCCUCAGCAAGGCCAGUCCUCUUCUCAGCAUUGACCGGGGGCUGGAGAGCUGCUUGAAGGGCCCGGAUAAUUACAACAGCCAAGUUUUGAUUGAGGCUACUGUCAUUGCGCUCACCAAACUACAGCCCCUUCUCAUUCAGGACUCUCCCAUGCACAAGGCUCUGUUCUGGGUGGCAGUAGCGGUGCUGCAGCUGGAUGAGGUCAAUCUGUACUCUGCUGGGACUGCACUGCUGGAACAAAACCUGCACACACUCGACAGCCUGCGGGUGUUCAAUGACAAGAGUCCCGAGGAGGUUUUCAUGGAGAUCCGGAAGCCGUUAGAAUGGGACUGUAAACAAAUGGACCACUUUGUGGGGCUCAACUUUAACUCCAAUUUUAAUUUUGCACUAGUGGGACAUCUGUUAAAAGGUUACAGACACCCAUCCUCCACCACAGUGGCAAGGACGGUGCGUAUCCUCCACACGCUCCUAGGCCUGGUGGGCAAACAUCGAAACUGUGAUAAAUUCGAAGUGAACACUCAGAGCGUGGCCUACCUGGCCGCUCUGCUCACCGUGUCUGAGGAGGUGCGCGGCCGCUGCAGCCUUAAGCACAGGAAGUCUUUGCUUCUCCCAGAUGUUACUAUAGAGAACUUCCCUGUAGAUACGUACUCUGUUUAUCACCCUGAACCUGGAUGCAGGCCGCUAAAGGAGAGUCAGCCGUGGACUUCACCCAAAGUGUCGGAGCGCUACUUGGCAGCGUACUACCCUACAAUGGGCCAGACCAGCCCACGUACACGCAAGUCCAUGAGUGUGGAUAUGGGGCAACCUUCACAGGGGAAUGCCAAAAAACUUCUCGGCACUAGGAAAAGUUUUGACCAUUUGAUAUCAGACUCCAAAGCACCGAAGAGACCAGAGAUGGAAUCAGGAAUCACCACGCCCCCCAAGAUAAGGAGGGUUGCUGAGAACGACUAUGAUAUUGAGACCCAAAGGAUAGCCAACUCCCACCUGCGGAAAGUCUCUGUGUCCGAGUCUAACGUACUGCUGGAUGAGGAGGUUCUCACUGACCCUAAAAUACAGACCCUGCUCCUCACUGUUCUGGCAACUCAAGUGAAGUACUCCACGGAUGAGUUCCACCAGAGGAUCCUGUAUGAGUACUUAGCUGAAGCCAGCGUGGUCUUUCCAAAAGUGUUUCCAGUAGUGCACAACCUGCUGGACUCCAAGAUCAAUACACUGCUCACCACGUGUCAGGAUCCCAACCUCCUGAACCCUGUCCAUGGCAUCGUCCAGAGUAUGGUCUUCCACGACGAGUCCCCACCUCAGUACCAGCCCUCCUGUCUCCAAAGCUUUGGUUUUAAUGGACUUUGGAGAUUUGCUGGCCCCUUUUCUAAGCAAACCCAAAUUCCAGAUUACGCUGAACUGGUGGUGAAGUUCCUGGACGCCUUGAUUGACACAUAUCUUCCUGGCAUUGAAGAAGAGGGAGGUGAAGAAUCCCAGCGAACUCCAACUUCUCCAUACCCACCCGUGGUUCAGAGCCAGCUCAGCAUCACUGCCAACCUUAACCUGUCCAACUCUAUGACCUCUCUGGCGACCUCGCAACACUCACCAGAGGGCUCCGUAGUUUAUAGACGCUUCCCGACUUUGUCCCAUACCAGGACAGCUGAAGAGAUGCCACCGAAAACAGCUGCCUCUCUACCUUGCUCUAAGUCAGCUGUGUUUCCACCACACCUCGUCCUCCCAGGUAUUGAUAAGGAGAACGUGGAGCUGUCUCCCACAUCUAGCCUGUGCAGCAGUGGCCGAGCGAGGCACGGUUCAGCCAGCCAGGUGCAGAAACAACGAAGCACCGGCAGCUUCAAACGCCCCAGCAUCAAGAAAAUCGUCUGACCGGGCUCAGAUUUCAACUAGCUAGCUCUGCGUUUAGAAGGCUGCAUUACCUAUCCUUCUUCAUUACCUUUCAGUUCUACGUUAUCCAGUCGAAGAAGGUUCCUGCGUAAAGGAACCGCUUUAGUUUGAGCUUUGUUGUGGAACCAAGAACAGAUGAAGACUAGCGUUUUGUCCGCACGUGCGGGAUGACCUCGGCGUCGCUGUUCAGGAUGCUCUGACAGGUGCAUGAAGCGAAAAUGGAAACUUGCACGUGUCUCUGCAGAAGAGGAGACGGACUACAGAACAAGACACCAGCGUGCGCCGAGAGAUCCGAAAAUUCGAGACGAUACUUUUAAGCCCCUGUGACGGCGACGUCUGAGAAAGCAGGGUGUUACUGAUGUAACCACUACAACGCCUGACCGAAACUGGAGAAGGACUAGAAGGUCUGGAAGUCAGCGUGGAUCCUUUGAUUGUGGGCAGGUGAAUCAGCAGGUCUUUAUAGAGUCUGUUAUCUACAAGCUUGAAAUUUCGGACUGCUGUCGAAUGUCGUUCUGAUUCCGAGCAGAUGUACAUACUGAAAUUAUCUUGAUGGUGAUGACAAUGAUGCUCACACAUUUUGGGUUGUUGUUUUGUCCAUUGUGUGCCUUUGUCAGGUCUAUCAGCUGUGUAUAGUUUGUAAGAUAAGCUGAGGAAGUGGAAGACAGGUACUAAUUAUUAAAAAUGCUCUACGUUAUACAUAUGUCCAUACUUCACUGCACUGUAAAAAACAAUAUCAUAUGAUCUUUGAAUAUAUAAGUAUCAUUACUUGCUGCAUUUAUUGUAGAUAUUUAUUAAGUGAAGUUAGAUAACAAAAUCAAAUGAAGGUAUCUCUUAUAA